UUGUGUUUCAUAAUGACAGCCCUGGGCGUGACGGCUGGUGCGCAUCGCCUGUGGAGCCACCGUUCCUACAAAGCCAAGCUGCCUUUGCGGAUCUUUCUGGCUGCAGCUAACUCCAUGGCUUUCCAGAACGAUAUCUACGAGUGGAGCCGAGACCACCGCGUGCACCACAAGUACUCUGAGACGGACGCAGACCCACACAACGCUCGCCGUGGCUUCUUUUUCUCCCACAUCGGCUGGCUGUUUGUGCGCAAGCACCGGGACGUCAUAGAGAAGGGGAGGAAACUGGAUUUCACUGACCUGCUGGAUGACCCUGUCGUCAGGUUCCAAAGAAAGUAUUACAAGAGUUCGGUCGUGCUCAUGUGCUUUGUGAUCCCCACCUGUGUGCCAUGGUACCUCUGGGGCGAGAGUCUGUGGAACGCCUACUUCCUGGCCUCCAUCCUGCGGUACACCAUCUCCCUUAACGUCACCUGGCUGGUCAACAGCGCCGCCCACAUGUACGGCAACCGCCCUUAUGACAAGUACAUCAACCCCAGGCAGAACACCUUUGUCACUCUGGGAGCCAUGGGUGAGGGUUUCCACAACUACCACCACACCUUCCCCUUCGACUACUCUGCCAGCGAGCUGGGCCUGAAGUUCAACCCCACCACCUGGUUCAUUGACUUCAUGUUUUGGUUGGGGUUGGUCACUGACCGCAAACAGGCCCCGAAGGAGAUGAUCCAGGCUCGCAAGGAAAGGACUGGAGAUGGCAGUCCUUGAGAAGUAACGCUUAGCUGUGCCAGCGCUGUUGUACACACGGGCGGGUGUGCUUGCACCUCCAUGCCCACCGUGGAUUUAUUUUCCUCUGGGUAAAAUUAGUUUUUUUCAGAUCAGUUUGGCUGAAUUAAUUCCCCAGGAACAGAUUUGGCCCCAGCUUUUUUUCCUUAUUAGCUGUCUUACAUCCAAACUUCAGACUACUAAGUGUAAAAAUGUUCUAUAUUAUUUAAUAUUGGAGUUAAACAGGAGAGGAAUUUUAUUUUAGUCUCUGUAGUUCAUGUCUGAAAUACAUUGUAAUUUGCUUGUUCAUGGUAAACGUGUCAGGUUGGAGGAACUAACUAUCCUUUCCAAGUGUAGUUAGGGGAGAUUUUGUUUCUACUAUUAAUUGAAUAUGCGUUUGAGAUGUCGUAGAGCAUGGGGCAGGGCCCAACGUGCUGUUUCAGCUACAGACUAAUGGGAAGGAACAGUAACAGCACCGAGGAAAACCACAAUGUCCAAGGGAAAAAAGUCAGCCUAGAUUUAGUUAGGCGUUAGUUUGAAAAUCUGCUUUCUUUUUGUUAGCCCUGUUAGCCAGCCCAGUGCACUGCUGUCUUUGCUAAAUAUGAAAACCAUUUAUUGCUGAGCAGGCUUUUGUGUUGAAGAUUAGUCUCUAUACAGGCCAAAAUAUCAACUGAUACUAUGUUGAGAUGAUUCCUUUGUUGUUGCAUUUACAUUGUAAUUUGUAAAGGUAUAGAGCUCAACAAUGUCUUAAGCCAAAUAAAGCUUCGAUUUCAAUGUUUGGAGACCUCAGUUAUAUUCUAAUCAGUCAUGACCAUCGAUGCAUGCAUAUUUUAGCUCCUUUUGCACAAGAGGCCUCUUUUUCUUUUUCUGCCUUUGACUAGCAGGUCUUAGAAAGCUGACCUUUAUCUAAGUCAGAGUCUCUACUAGUAUUUCAGCUGCAUGCAACAUCUAUUGGUUUCUGAGCAACAUAUAAAGACAGUUACGUAGCUUCUGAAUUUAACAGUUGCCUUGUUUAAAAUAAAAACAAACAAAAAAAACAGAUUAAAAAAAAUACUAAAAAAAAAAAGCAUGUGGAAUUAAUGGGACAUGUAGCCCUUUGUGUUAGAUGUUAGCCAGUGCAGGAGAGAAGCUUUGUACUGUCAGCACUGGAGUCAAUUUGAAGAUAGAGGGCGUGAUUUUCAUUUAUGAAGAAUGUCGCUGCCUUGCCCCUCGGAGAGGGAAUGCCAGAGUUUCCCAGCUGCGUGGCCCCACACCCCGGGCAAGGGAGGGAUCUCAAGAUAACUGAGACUCAGGCCCAGAUACUUUCAGGAAAGAUGUAGAACUGAAAAAAAAUAAAAUAAAAUGGUUUCUUUUUUGUUCUGUUUGUUGUUUUUUAAAUGAUGCCAUAUAAUAUAAAAGAGUUGUCUUUAUUCUGUAUUUCAUCUGGCAGGUGUUUUAACAGUGUUACUUUGCCAUUAAUGACGUGUAAACUCUUGAGUGAUUUACAAUAAACAGUUACGAGUUAG